AUGUCCACGAGGUUAGACCAUAUCCUCUCUUUUGUUCAAGAAAUUGAACUGCGAUCAAACCGACUACUUAAUGUCACUUCAAGCUCCAUCGACUUGAUCAAUAGCAUAUCAUAUAUCAAUCAAAGACUACUACAAGAUGAUCAGGAUAUCGAGGAAAUCAAGAACCUUAUGGACUUGAACAGAUCUUGCUUAGCACAGUUGAAUGCAUUGAAUGAACGAUCGUUUUAUUUUGAAUCAAACUUGCAUUUCAACGACAAAAUCACGAACCAAACUGCAUUUGAAAACUUGACCUUGGAAUACUCGCACGUUUUAAAGAAGUUGUCACUCAAUGAUCGAUAUAUGGGCAUGGUUGAGCUGCACAACUUGCCAGCGACGAUGGAGAGAGACAUUGAUGAAACGGAUCUCGACGAGGAAGAAAUAGACCUGGAUUUGGAAGAUGUAGACGAUGAAGAGAGAAGUAAUGUACAUGGCUACUCCAACCAUUUCAGCUCCACGCCGACCCCACCAGAUAUCAAAAAGAUGAUCUCAAUUUCAAAUCUACGACUAAAACCAAUGAGAUGUGCAACAACAACAACAACAACACAUCCUUCUUCAUCUUCGCCAUCAGCCCUUGCAGCUAGCAUGCCACCCACUUUGAGGCUGGAGCCACGAAACAUAACAAAGAAAAAAUCACGAUACAGGUUGUCGAGUAUAUACAAUAUAAACCCAAUUGCAUAUGAAGAUUUAUCAAGCGCAGGCACCACAGCUACUUAUUCUGUAGCUGGGUCUUCUGCUGAAUCUUUACAAGAGUCAGAUAACGACAGCGAGAGAAUGAUGAAGAAUAGCUUAUCAAGAUCAUAUGAAACAUUGGAAACCCAUAUGAUGAGCCAUAUAUCUCCUCAUAUUGAAACAAUGGUUAAAGCACAAAAAGCUGGAGAUGAAAAGGAAAAGAGAAACAAAGAACAAGAAGAUAGUAGCAAUAAUGGUUCUACUAAUGAUAUUAAUGAUGGAGUUAAUACUAAAAAGAAUAACAUUGAUGAUGGUGAUAUAACUGAAAAUACCAACAUUGAUAAUGAUGAUAAUGAUGAUUAUAAUAAUGAUUAUAAUGAUGAUAUUAAUAAUAAUGAUGAUGAUGAUGAUGAUUUAGCCACACCUCGCCUAAAUCCUGAAAAUAUAAGUACACUUGCAAAACAUCAAAGGUCAAAUUCUGACCCUACGGAUUUCUCAAUGAAUCAUGAUGACUUGUUGAAAGAGUUUAGUUGUGAGCGAGAUUAUUUACAAUUUAAUAGGUUAAAACAUUUUAUCAGCAUGAGUCAGCUUCCACACCACAUGGAUUAUCAAAGUAUGGAAAACAAAUGUGAUGAAUUUGUCAGUAGACGCAUCAAUAACGGCAAUGAUAAUUGCAAUCAUGGUACUAGUGGUGAUGACAACUUUGAAUAUAAUCAAGAGGAUACCUUUGGUAACAAUCAAAAAGAUGUAUUUUUUGGACCACUUUGUUGUUCCGAUACUUUGUCGACUAAAUUUCAUACCCCGCGACAACUGCUUGAACAUAACGAGGCAGAUUCUGAUAUAUACUCCAUGUUAUCUGAUGUAUCAUAUUACUCUCCUGAGAAGCAAGACCAAGUUUUAUUUGAUGAAGGAGAUGACGGCUUCAACAAAAUUUAUAACAACUAUGAAAACAAUAGUGACAACAACGGUAGCAUGGAUAUCGACAAUUUCAAUUCAAACGCGGAGAUGGAGUUUGACACAUUCAAUCGUUUUCUAAGAAAACUGGCAACCAAUUUGAAUGAGACAUACAAAAAAGCCUUUCCUCAUUUAUUCAGAGACUCCAAAUCACAUAUGCAACCAGAAAAUGAUGCAAGUGCAAAUACAGCUGACAAGUUUCACAACCCCAUCACGAACCUUGGAGCGUCACAUGUGUUGCCGCCUACUUUAGAUUCUGUGUUUCAAGAAGUACCCAGUUCCACCGGACAGACGGGGUUAAGUAAAUACUCAUCUAUGGAACUACUCAAUGAGGUAAUUUUACGAAACUCGACUAAUGUCGAGACCAAUGGUGCCAGUAACAGCAGUAGCUUAUCAUCCUCACUUGACUCGUUCAAUUUCCUUGUUAAAACGUUUUCGUUACAACCGCCAGCUUUACCUCCACACCAAACAUCACAGGCAUCAAACACAAUCGCGCCAUCUGUAUCCUUCUCAUCCACUUCUUUUUCUUCACCUGCAAAAGCAAAACCAUUGAAUAUUCCAUCUAAGAACACCACAUGUUCUUCAUUUCCCACUUCAUCUUCAAUUUUUAAUUCAUACGCAACCAAAUCACAGCCGUCAACGGCUGCAACGACAUCUGAGGUCACAACAACAUUAAACCCUCAGUCGCCACCUUCGUCACCUUCUUCAGUUCGCAAUAAACUCUUUCUGAACUUUGUCAACUCCGUCCCUUCCUCAUCUUCAACAUCUUUAUCCUUUUCCCUGCCCAAUUAUGAUAGGAUUAAUGGUCAGCAUUUAGAUACCGCGGGCGAUAGAUUAGCGACCAAAAAAGCCGACUCAUUAUCUUAUGAUCCAAAGAUGGGUAAUGCUGCUAUUAAUUGCAAGACGAAACCUCCAACGCCGCAAAAAAUCAAAGAGUUGAAGAAACAAAGAAUGUUCAAGAAUAUACCUAUACUGAUUCCCAACGAGACGCAUUUAAAACGAAUACCACCACAAGGAGUUGCUCAAUUGAGUAAAUCCCAUAACAGUUUUCGACGAACAGAUGGCACAUUUUCAAAUCUCACUAUACGUCAAAACCAAAAAUAUAUUAACCAUAGUGACGCUUCUAUAUUCAAUCAUCCGGUUAUGAAAUCUUAUAAUGAAAAUGCGCUAAGAGAAGCAUUGUCUGCGAGUCUACUAGAUUGA